CACGCUUCUGGUCCUGACCCAGACUCAGAAAGAACCCACCAUGGUGCUGUCUGCCAACGACAAGAGCAACGUCAAGGCCGCCUGGGGUAAGGUUGGCAACCACGCGCCGGAGUAUGGCGCAGAGGCCCUGGAGAGGAUGUUCCUGAGCUUCCCCACCACCAAGACCUACUUCCCCCACUUCGACCUAUCACACGGCUCCAGCCAGGUCAAGGCCCACGGCAAGAAGGUGGCUGAUGCGCUGACCAAAGCUGUGGGCCACCUGGAUGACCUGCCCGGUGCCCUGUCCGAUCUGAGCGACCUGCACGCCCACAAGCUGCGUGUGGACCCGGUCAACUUCAAGCUCCUGAGCCACUGCCUGCUGGUGACCCUGGCUGCCCACCACCCCAGUGAUUUCACCCCUGCGGCCCAUGCCUCGCUGGACAAGUUCUUGGCCAAUGUGAGCACCGUGCUGACCUCCAAAUACCGUUAAACUGGAGCCUCAGCGAUCCCUACCCUGGCCUGGGACCCUCUUGUGCUCUGCACACCCUCACUUCCUGAUCUUUGAAUAAAGUCUGAGUGGGCUGCA